AUGUCGUCGCAUUUUUGCGGCGGCACGUGGCAGUGGGCGGGACGCCUCUGGGGGUGGGGCUUCGGGGCCCCCUGGAGCGCGGGCCCGUGCGCGUCCAAGCGGCCGCCGCCACGUCAUCGAGCCGCUCCUCCUCCCCGAGCUGCCAGUCGCACGCGCGGAAGUAAACACUCCUACGUCAUCAGGGCGCGCCCUCGCCUGUCCCCUCCCAUCUCCUCAGCUCGGUGGACGUGCUCGCCUCCUCUCCGGACCGGGUCUAUGUCCCGGUUUCCCGCCGUCGCGGGCAGGGCGCCAAGGCGGCAGGAGGAGGGCGAACGGCCGAGAGAGCUCCAGGAAGAGCGGCCGUCAGCUGUUCGCAUCGCUGACAGAGAAGAGAAAGGAUGCACAUCGCAGGAGGGAGGGACAACUCCAACCUUUCCUAUCCAGAAACAAAGAAAAAAGCUCAUUCAAGCUGUGAGGGACAAUUCCUUCCUCAUCGUUACUGGAAAUACAGGGAGUGGUAAAACAACUCAGCUCCCUAAAUACCUUUAUGAAGCAGGAUUUUCACAACAUGGUAUGAUUGGUGUGACUCAGCCACGAAAAGUAGCUGCCAUAUCAGUUGCUCAGAGGGUUGCUGAAGAAAUGAAAUGCACUUUGGGAUCUAAAGUGGGAUACCAAGUUCGUUUUGAUGAUUGCAGCUCCAAGGAGACAGCAAUCAAAUACAUGACUGAUGGAUGUUUACUCAAACAUAUUUUGGGAGAUCCAAAUCUUAACAAAUUCAGUGUCAUUAUUUUGGAUGAAGCCCAUGAAAGAACUUUAACUACGGAUAUCUUAUUUGGUUUACUGAAGAAGCUGUUUCAGGAUAAGUCUCCUAACAGGAAGGAACAUUUAAAGGUUGUGGUGAUGUCAGCAACUAUGGAGCUAGCCAAGCUCUCUGCAUUCUUUGGAAAUUGCCCCAUAUUUGAUAUACCUGGAAGGCUCUAUCCAGUCAGAGAGAAAUUCUGCAAUUUGAUUGGCCCACGAGACAGAGAAAAUACUGCAUAUAUUCAAGCGAUUGUGAAAGUAACCAUGGAUAUUCAUUUGAAUGAAAUGGCUGGAGACAUCUUAGUUUUUCUGACUGAUAACAGGUACACAGAAUGCCGGGCUCAUGAGGAAGUACAUGAUGAUAGAGCCAUACAACUAAGGAAUACAAAGACCACCGGACAAAGGAGACAGCUGAAGAAGAAGGAUGAAACAUUAAGAGAAAAUGUUCCAAGAAAAAGAUGCUGGACAGGCUUAUUAAAUGUUCCGCAUUCCCGGGGAACGGCCCCGGUGCUUUCUCUAGCAUUACUAGAAUUUUCUCAACUUCCAGAGCUAAGAGCUUCCCCUACCGUGUUAGCGCCAUUGCGCUCCUCCAGAGUGUCUCUUUGGCAAUCCAAUGACCGCGAACGACACGAAGAAAGUGACCUAGCCUUCAGGCGUUCCGGCGUGGCUUCGCGGCUCAGGCGGCGGCACGUGGCAGUGGGCGGGACGCCUCUGGGGGUGGGGCUUCGGGGCCCCCUGGAGCGCGGGCCCGUGCGCGUCCAAGCGGCCGCCGCCACGUCAUCGAGCCGCUCCUCCUCCCCGAGCUGCCAGUCGCACGCGCGGAAGUAA